UGGAAAGAGCGGGUGGAUUUUUGUUUCCUGACGUUCUGUGAACCUCUGUUGUGGUCUCAGAGGACGGUUGGGGGGACUGAGCUCAGAAAUGGAAGCGCCAAACUUGUCCUCGCAAAAUGGCACCUUGGAGGAAGGGAACCAGGAAAAAAGUACGUCCGCCAGGAACAAAAGAUUGAGGUGCGGUAUUUGCGGGGAGAAAUAUCGCCUGCCAAGAAUCUUGCCCUGUCUGCACACAUUUUGUACGGACUGUAUCUGCAGCCUUCAGACGUAUCCAGCCAAUCAGGAGGAAGCUUCUUCGUCAUCUGACACUGACCACACCAGUGAUUGGCUGGUGCCGUCAACUGCUGGAAACAGUGCCGAGAAUCUUCUAGAAGAAGGCGACGCGAGAACUGCGUUGACGUCAUCAGCUGCGGACGUGUCUGUCGUGCCAAAGGCUGCCAUACCUCGUGGACGGAGCAGGCACGCUAAACUGAUAGAGAAACGCAUUAUACGAAGUAACAGCUGUCACGAAAAUGACGCAACAGGUGAGGGUCAUUCCUCACACAGGGUCAAUGUCGUGGCCAGAAGUUCAAACGAUUUGUCCAAUACGUUGGAAGGAUUGAAUCUAGCGGGCGCCAGUUCUGUUUGUUUUGUGAAUGACGUCGGUGAAAGAGACAACACCGAAGACCUGUCGAUUGAAGAGACGAGGGUCGUUCUUUGUCCAGAUUGUCUCCGGGAAGUGAAGAUACCUGUCAACUUGGACGAUCUUCCACGGAAUUUCAUGAUGGAACGUCUCGUUGCUCACGACGCGCUGACCAAGGCCACAAACAAUCUCCGGUGUGACUCGUGUUGCGACGAUGAUGAUGAUGACGACGACGAUGAUGGCGAUGCUGAUCGCGAUGGUGGGGACGGCGAGCAGACGAGAAAGAGCGUAACGGCCCGUUGCGUGGAGUGCCAGGAAAACCUGUGCUCUCUCUGCGAGUUUUCACAUCGACGCCAGAAAAAGACAAAAUCACACCAGCUGAUUUUGUUAGAGUACUCUUUGCGCACCAGCAACUGCAACAACAGCAAAAGCAACGGCGACAUCAGCAGCUGCAGUAACAGCAACUCCACCAACAGCUCUAUGACGACCAUCCCCGAGUCGGUGAGAGAGGAGAUUUUUAAUCAAGAGAAAGCCAACCCCAGCCACAGACCGAAAGUGCUGAAAAACAUCACUCGACUCAAACUCCCAAACCUUCAACAGUUUGGGAAGCUAUUGAAAGACAUAGGUGGUAGCGUUGGCGAUGUUCGUCAUGGUGAUAGUGGUCAUGGUGACGGUCGGCAUGGUGAUGGAGAAAGAAAAGAUACCACGAAUUCUGAAAACCAGCCCAGAGACGAGGAUCUGAAAGUAGCAGACGACACCCCAUGUGACGUCAGCAGUAGUAAUGACGUCAGCAACAUCAGACCAGGAAUGAACUCAGGCCUCGAGCACACCACACGAUUGACAAAGAUUCCCAGAACAGAAAGGGAGGGACAAGAUUUCUCAAAGAGAAAGAAAAUUUCGAGCAGUUUCUGGUCACGUGAGAAACUGAGCACAGAAAACAUCUCAGUCAAUGGUGAUACUUCCAGAAGGAAGAAGUCACCAAAAGAGGAAAACGGCAAGGUAGAAGGACUCACUACAGCACGAGUGCUACACGCUUGUCUAAUGACCUUGACCGUGUGUGACACGGAAGCCGUGCCAUAUACCGGAAAUGACGUCAGAGUCCGAGCCUGGGUCAUCGUACAAGAACAGAACAUCAAGAGCACACCAGUGACCUUGACCCCGUUCAAGGACGGCAUCCAUCAGUUGUCCUUCACCCCGACACACAAAGGCACGCACUUUCUGCACGUGGCCGUAAACGGCGAGCCUGUCCAUGUUAGUGACCUUUUUGUGCUUAUUUCUCCGGACACGAUGUUGGGCACAAAAGACAGCCCUCUAAGGUUUAAUGUGAAAGCAAGAUGGCGUCGGCAUGACGGGGUGUGGCAGUGUUGUACCUUCUGCACCACCAGCGGCAGGCGUGACGUCAUCUGCGGAUGUGGCGCCACUUCACCAGGCGGCUAUCUGGGCUGUACCCACGGCCAGGGGUCACACCCAGGGGGUCAGCACUGGUCGUGUUGUGGCAAGAUGAACAGAGACUCCGAGUGCUCCGGGCGGCCUGCGCUGGGGUCUAGGCCGUCGCCCAUGGAGAAUCAGCCCGUUGGAGUGAGAGCCACUUGCCGACUUAAUGUCCACUUGUGUCUGUGGCUCAAAAAGUCCAUCAGAUUCCCAGUUUAG